AGGUAUUUUCUUGUGGGAAGCAAUCACGCCCAAACCAAACAUCGUGUUCUGAAAAUCGAUCGCACUGAGCCCAAGGACCUGGCGAUUAUUGAUGAUAAGGUGAGUUGCUGCACGCCAAACCCCUGCUUUAGAGUAGCGCCGACCGUUGCCCUUGUUAUACAGCAUGCCUCAGGAAAAAUGGUGUGAUCAGUCACCUGGUCCUAAGUGUGCAUGGGUGACAGAUUUGCUGAUGAAGGUUUAAGAGACUACUAUACAUUAUCACUCCUCCCCUGCAGUCAGUCAUUACCACGGUGUAUGAGAGUGGAGGAGAUUUGUUUGUUCUCAUCAGAAUGAUAAGGAUUCUGAUUGGUUUGUUAUUAUUGUACAGAGUCCACUGGUGAGCUCCCUUUGCAUCCAUCAUCAUCCUCCCAUCCAUUCCUGUAGAUCAGGGGUUCCCAAACCUUUUCCACUCGGGGGGGCCCCCCUUUCAGCAUUGGGGAACAUCCCGCACCCCCCCUAUGCGCAUGUGCCACCUCUAUUUCUAUGGGCACAAGCACUAUUCACGAUAAACUGUUCACACCCCUCUUGUUUUUGGAGAGAAUUUUGCAGAUUUGAAAGCUUAUUUCCUGUAAUUCUACACAUUUUGUCAUGGGGUGCAAAGAACAUUUUGCAGUUUUAAAGCUAAUUGUCUUGCAAUUCUAUACAUGCUGCCUAAUGUAUAUUCAAGUGAUAGGCUUUAAUAUCUACAGCAGUGGUUCCCAAACUGUGGGGCGCACUGUGUGCUGUCUGCGACGUUAUGUUGUGAUCACAGCAGAAUGAACAUUUUAUAAAUGUUUUUCAGUGUUCUGAAAUCCAAAAGCUAGCACAGAAAAACAAAUAUUGACCAAAGCCGGGGCUUAGUCCCCAGAUGUCAAUGGGAUGUACUGUUUCUACUGCUUGCACCUGUCUCAGCCAGAAGCUCAGUUUUAAAGAAUCCAGAAGCACACUAUUAACAAUACGUUCCCUCUUGUCCCCAGCAUGUCUACAACCAGCAGGAGGUGAGAGAGCUCCUGGGACGUCUGGAUCUGGGCAACCGCACCAAGAUGAGCCAGAAGGGCUCCUCAGGCCUGUCAAGAGCUGUGUCAGCCUACGGCAUCGUGGGUAAGAUGGUCCUCCUUGGACCCUCAAUCCUCACAACUUCUUCUCCUCUACCAGUUGCCAUAGGAAUGGCCAUGAGCCUGUCGGGCAUGUCUUGUCUAGUGAGUACUGUACAUGAGGGUUUUUUCUGA